AUGUAUAUACCUGAAUUCCUUCCAAACAUACUGCCCUCUGGUCUACAGAGACUUGAGAUCACCAAGUCAACAUUGGAGCCAAUGGAUACCACCAAUAUCCCAGAACAUACUAUCUUGGUCAUCACAAUGAGAUUGGAAAGGUGUCGUCUGGACAAUGCAAGACAACUUAUUCUGCCACCAACACUUGUCAAACUUACACUCUUUGAUAGUAAGGUCAUUACACCCUUGAAUACUGGCAUACUUCCUCCAACCUUGAUGGCCUUGGAAAUUGGGUAUGGCUUCAAACAUAAGUUUGGUAAGGACACACUUCCACCAUCACUCACCGAACUACUCGUGCAUGAGACCUACCCACAUGGUCUUGAACAUGCUCCAAGCUCACUGAAAUACAUUGGCAUUGACAGGCAAGUGUAUGCCAAUCCUACAUAUCCUUGGUGUCCAAGUACAUUGUUCAACAAAGCGCUAAAGAGUGAUCAGAAGGAUAAAUCUCUGUGGUUGCCAUUCCAUCCAAACAUCCACACCUAUCACAUCUAUCCAUUCAAUGGUCGCGAUGUUACACCUCCAAGAGUAACUCAAGAAAGGAUCAUUCUGCGAGUGCUUGAUCAAAAGGGUACACUGCUGCUAUCUGACAAGUUUGUUGGAAUGCUCAUUCCAACACAAGACAUCAACUUCACUCACACUAAGAAUUAG